UCCAAGUUCCAACACGAUGCUUGAAGGGCAGACUGCCUCAGCCUGAUCAUGGACUUAUCGCACCGUGUGUGGGGCACAAGGAGAAAUCUGCUUCUUGAAAAAUGUCGGCUGGCACGAUUGUAAGACUCACCAUUAAAUAUGAUCGAAGGUAAUGGCUUUUUCAAGCCAUCACUCAUAAUAUGAUGGUGUAUUAGAUGGUCCCAGCUGAGCAUUUCGCCAGCUAUCAUCAUACCGGGCCUUUGAUGGAUGGUGCAAGUGGCAGCGGUGGUUAACGUCAGACCAAACCAACACAUUUUGGUUUAAUACAGUUAAAGCUCUGACGAAAGUGUCUCCUUCAACAGAAGAGAUCAGCAAUUCAGUGACACUGACAUUCAGUGACAUUUAGUGGCAGAUGCUUUGGAUUUCAACUCAGACACCAUCCUGCUGUCCAAAGAUCAGUGAUCCUGACGUGCUGCUGUAGCGAUGUUGUCGGAGACCUCCCGCGUGGCAGAUGGCUUUGACUUGCUCCAUGCUCCAGAGCACCAUGGGUGGUCUGCGUGAGACAACGCACCUCCCCACAGGGUGCAGGUCAAAAACACAGCAGCUCUGGGGUUCAACCUGAGGGAUUUGUUCAGGGGAAAUAAUCACAACCUCAUAAAAUGCAAAUAACCUGCUUGGUGCACAAAAAGUAACAUAAAUGCAUUGUCACGCCAUUAAAGGGGUCAUUCAUACUUAAAGCUACCCAUAAUUCUUUAACCUUAAAGGAGUAUUCCACUGAUUUUCUGUUUCCAGUCAUGAAGAUUCCCACUCAGCUUGUGAAAACAGCUGUCUAGUGUACUCUGUAGUAGCUUCAUCAAGGGAAAGAUGAUAUUGAGCUGCAUUAUGGGAAGUGUAAGAUUCGGUGUAUUUGUAACUAAAUUCCUGGAAAGCCUCAAAGCAAACUAUUAGCUGCCUAAUCUUAACCUAAGGUAGGAAUAAUCCAAUUCGGUGGAUCGGCAUUAUAGCCAAUACAGAUCCACAGUUUUACAGUUUUAAUCAGUUCAUUUGCUUAACAAGCUUGUGUUGAUUUGCAAACCUGCUAGUACUUCUGAUACAGCAUCAUCAUCUCAUACAGCAUCCUCAAACCAGUGAACUACGUCGCGGUGACUACGUCCUGAAAUAUUGUCUAUAGUAGGCACCAAAACAGAGCUAACAGAGCUAAAAGAAGAGUGAAGAUUGGACUUGCUAUCAUCAUGUGACACGACUCGACCUUAAACGAAUGCUAAUUCUUGCUCAGUGUCUGCCGGCUGUGCAAACAGGCAACUGUUUGCUGAUAAGUUUGACGACUUUAAGAGGUGACAAUCUGCCAGUGUUGCGUACACAGCUUGUUCCACUGCCCCCCCGAGUGGCCCGAGAUUAAUUGUUUCUGCUUUAACUGUUAGCUAACGCAGUGAGAAUUGAAUUCAUCACCACAGUGUUGGUGUCGUGCUUCUGAACCAUCAAGCCAUCGAGAAUCAUUUGGGCUAUAGAGAGCUUUGUGUGUGUGUGUGUGUGUGUGUGUGUAACAUCUCUGUGUUUCAAAGUGCUUAUCUCUGAUUAUCAGCAGCCGGAUGAAGCUGUUGUGUGGGAGUGGGACUCUGUCUGGGUAUUAACCAGCAUGCAUUUUUAAUCAUCCCAUAAUCAAUGCGUCUAAUGAGCCACAUUAAGACAGACUGGAAGGCCAAAGGUCACAGCUCAGCUACACUGUGGUGCACACCGUAGAGAGAGCUUAACUUUCAGAUCAGCUGCUUCUGGUUGUCUUGUAACCUCUGAGCGCUUUCAACAGUAGCAUUGCUUUUUUGAAUGACUUUAUUAUACCUCAUAACUUCUCAAACCACAUCCAGGAAUAGAAAUGUUGUGGCCUUGAAUGGAAGCAUCGGAAUCUGGCCGUCGUGUUGAAUGAAUCACAUUAAUCUUUCAUAACUUAAGUCACGCACGAUUGUUUUUUUAUUAGUUUGUCCGUCAGCAGGAUGUUUGCAAAACUGAUGAAAGGAUUUUUAUGCAUACGGGGGAAUAGUUAGGCUGUUUGCCAAGGAACCAUUGAUGAAAUGCUGGUGGGGAUCCAGAUGGAGUGUUUCUAGCAUCGGACAGUUAACAAUCUUUUGCCAUAACUGUAAAACUGAAGGCAACAGAAUCAGAAAUGCAAAGAGUGUAUGUUUGCAGGCACGAUGUUUACUUUGACGGAUGACCUGGAUGAUGAAAUUAGACAGAUAACUGUCUUAAAGGCUGAACAAACAUCUUCACAAUUGUAAAAACAAUAAAGAGUGUGAUUCUUUCCAGAGGGGCGAAGAUCUUUUUUUUUUUUUUUUUGCAGCAGGACUUCGGGCGGAGCAGCCAAGUCGCCCAUUGUUUGCCACGAGAGCAGAGAAAGCCAAUUAACUGAGCCAACGGUGGAAAGACACAAGCUUCAGCAUCUGCUACACCGACACGUCAACCUCUCUCUCCCUCUCUCUGUCUGUACAUCAUCAUGCGGAGGAACCCCUUUGUAGUGGAUGGCUGCUGUAGGAAAGGGUCCCGCAACGCCCUGCAGGAGCUCUACAACCCCAUGCAGGCGGAGUUGUCCGGAGCAGCCGUGUUCCACCAGGCCAGGCGGGAUCAAGUGGUGGAUGCCUGUCGAGUCUACAGUGCGUCCAGCCGUAAGCGCAGAGUCCUGACACCCGGAGACCUGAAACACCUCGUGGUGGACGAGGACCACGAGCUCAUCUACUGCUACGUCCCCAAGGUGGCCUGUACCAACUGGAAACGCGUCAUGAUGGUGCUCACAGGCCGAGGCAAAUACAGUGACCCAAUGGAUAUCCCUUCCAAUGAAGCCCACAUCCCUUCUAACCUGAAGACGCUGAACCAGUACAGUAUUGCUGAGAUCAACCACCGCCUCAAGAACUACCUCAAGUUCCUCUUUGUUCGCGAGCCCUUCGAGAGGCUGGUCUCCGCAUACCGCAACAAGUUCACCCUCAAGUACAACUCGUCCUUCCACAAGCGCUUCGGCACCCGCAUCAUCCGCCGCUACCGCAAGAAUGCCACGCAGGACGCCCUGUUCAACGGCGCUGAUGUCAAAUUCAAGGAAUUCGUGGAGUACUUGGUAGAUCCGGCAACGCAGCGUGACGGCCCGCUCAACGAGCACUGGCAGUCCGUUUACCAGCUUUGUCACCCAUGUCACAUCCACUACGACCUGGUGGGCAAGUAUGAGACGCUGGAAGAGGAUGCUAACUACGUGUUGCGGCUAGUGGGCGUUGGCGACUCCUUGCGCUUCCCGAGCUAUGCCAAGUCCACCCGUACCACAGAUACCAUGACGGCCCAGUUCUUCAGUAAUAUCAGCACCCAGCAGCAGAUCCAGCUCUACCAGCUUUAUAAGUUAGAUUUCCUCAUGUUCAACUACUCCACACCUAGCUACCUCCGGCUGGACUAAUGGAGGGCAGAGCUGGGACUCUGGGAGAAUGGCUGCCUUGUUUAAGGAGAGGCAACAAAGUGAGUGGAGGGAAUUUUUUGGAGGCAAACUUGAUUUUUUAAAAAACUGUCGUCGUAACUUGCAGGCGUGGGGUCUGAAUUAGACAUAUAAACAGGUGCUGAAAGAGAGAAAGGUAAUGCGUGCUUGUCUGGGCAUAAGGGGGAGGAUGUCUAAUCAACUCUGUGUGAUACACAGAGCGCUGGUUGGGAAUGUGGGCUAAAUGGAGCAAAUGCAUGCAAAGACUAAAAAGUGUGGGUGAAGCAGGUCUUCAAGGUGAUUUAAAAAGGGUAACUUAUCCUCACAGACAGACCUGAAGAGGGAUUCUCCUGAUGGUCCCCUACUUUAAACAAACUGCUGACAAAUUAGGCUGCUUCAGAUUCUACAAAGCAAACAGUGGCCUCGCACGCGCCCUGACCCCAACGCAUCGUGGGAGCUAAGCUUAUCUCCCCCUUCCCCCCUGAUCAGUAGAGAAACUCCGUCAAAUUGUAAAAAACACCAUUCAUUUCCUCACCACUCUGUCAGCGCGGUGUGUUAGCGCCCGUCAACUUUGCCCCACGUUAGAUCCAUACAUUUCAGAGGGAAACAUCACCUCAUCACCGCCCUGUAAUAGAUGGCUACUGGCUUAACUCUCAAGACUCUACAACUGUAACCGUAAUGAUAUGGCCAUCAGCCAACAGUUUUUACAAAACAAGUUGUUAUUGGUCUCUAUAAUUAUGAUGUUGGCAGAGGGGACCUCUUGUGUUACACCUUGAGAACCCCAAGGAAGACGGAGUCUUCAGCUGCGGCGGUGAAGUGUGGAAGUGCUUAAUAAAUCAUUGCCUGUGACACCGAGCAUCCUUAACACUUUGAGCUACAAGGAAGUUGUUAGAAAGGUACAAGAUGUUUCACAGCAAUUGGGAGCACAAGCUGGGAGUGACAAGUCUGCACAGAAAUUCUGAGCUGAAAGAUAAGAGACAGCCUGUGUGGUUGUGGAAGGGUUAAAGGCACUGGAUCUCAUAACCCCGCCCUGCCGCGCCCCACCGGCCCCGCCCAGGGGCCCAGUGGACAUCUCCAGGGACACUCCCACAAAAGCCCCUGCUCAGACGACCAAACAUGUCUUUCAGUAAAUUAAGAUGACCCUUUUGUUUCUAUGCUUAUUUUUGGUUUGUAUUGUUUUAUUAAGCAUUGCUGCGAGCAGCAAUAACAAAAGAUUAUUUAAUUAGCUUUGUUAGUUAAAGAGAGAAAGAUUUUUUUUUCAUGUGCUCAUUUUAGGAAAUGUUUUAAAGUUAAACUGUCAGUGUUCUGUCAUGUUGCUUCCUUUCUUCAGAACUUGCCUCCGAUACGCAUUUUCAUUUCUGAAGGUCUCGCGGUGCAUUUUCAGCCCAUGGCUUUGUCCUUCUGUGUCUGAGAUCAUCAGAGAUUUAUGUGUUCUUCUUCUCUGUUUCCUUUUGUCAAACAUUUGGUGCCAAAACGGCUGCGAGAGCCUCAGAGAUCCACACUCAAGUGUGUUCAGUGCACAGCAUUGCUGUUAAGUGAAUUCAUGGUGAGACCCCGCCACCUCCCCAACCUGAACACGAGAGCUAGCUGCUACUCUGUGUACAUAUCAACAAAUCUACUGCCUGCUUCACAGAAUCAGAGACUGUAUCUCAUACUGUAAUGUGAUUAAUGUUAGAGCAAUGUCAAGGUUAACAACUGCACUCUCCAUCACGCUGUGAAUUGGAUUACAGGCCGUAAGUAUCAUACAGGAGGGAGGGAGGGAGGGAGGAAGAGAGAGAGCGGGGAGUCAUUUUGUUUAUACCUCUUUGUAAAUUAUAAACCACUUUUUUUUGGAAAAGCUGGAUUUCUUUGUUGCACUUGACUGAACCAGAAAUAAUAUUUUCUUGUGCAGUCUGUUAGACUGAGUUUUAUACGUUUUGACCAUCAUUCCUGCUGGUAUUGAUAACAUUUGACUCACCAGAUUCAGUGUAGAGAGGUCGCUUAUGCUGUGAUACUGCUAGACAACGCUGGAUCAGCAAAUAGUGAAGCAGAUUUGUGGCAAUAUGCACGAACCAAAGAACAAUAUCAACUGGCAUAAUUUGGGCCUUAAAGUGGGUCCUUCUUUACCCGAUCUCGAGGCCCGGUCACAAUGUAGUGUUAAGACCUGCAUUUUUGCGCUUAGAUGGCAAAAAAAAUUUGCUGCACUCUACCACAACCCUCUAAAAAGUAAAAAGGGGGUUUAACUAAUGGACGGAUGAUAAGGGCCUUAAGUCCUGGUUUGUUUUGAGGCCCUGUAAAGUGAACUCAAGACCAUCUUGAUGGCCCUAUAUCACAAAUUUGUCUCAGAGGGCUUCACAAUAAGUAACAUGCAGUACGACGUAGACCCUCAAUCCAGACAAUGGAAAACUAGCAGUAGUAGAAUUACAAUAUAAAGAACCAGAAGUACAUUAUGUACAGUAUUAAUAAAUUAAAGUUAACAUUUUAUUUUAAUAAUAAUAAUAAUUUAAUUUGGCCACACAUUUGAACAUAAUUCUCAUUACCAAUUCAUGAAAUAUGGCAGCUUGGUCAGUGGCCUCACGCUUCAAACCAUGGCACCUAUACGUACACCCCUAGUGUCGGUACAGACAACUGUCUUUUCAAAAUAAACUUCCAUUAAUGGAAACAACUGGUUGAGAGUUAAGGCAACAAAACUACUGGGUUAGGUUUAGGAAAAGAUCAUGGUUUGGACUUGAAUAAGUCUGUUACAUAGUUUAAGUAAGCCAAGUUAUGAACGCGACUUAAGUACGCAUGUAAGUGUGUUACGUAAGUUAAGUAGAUAACUUAAAAUAAGUUAACGUUGACUAAUGGUUUCACACAGGAGACGCAUACCUGUCUCCUGGGUUAAAGUCCUGUGUUUUCUGACCUAUCCAUCCACCACACCUCCUCCCGACUUUAUCACUGUUUACACUACGCCCGCUGUAAUAUCCGUGCAUAGGAAUACUGUACACAGUGCACAUAGAGGGGGAAAGAUUGAGGGGUUAAUGGGGUCUCAUUUUUGCCCCGCGGCCACCUAGCAGGUUUUUCCGGCCAUGCUGCUAGACUAAGCUUUAUAUAUAAAUAAAAAAAGAUCAACUCUAUUGCUACAGCAUGAAAAGUUGGCCACAAUGAAACUAAAACUAUUAAUUGUCCGUUGUAAAUAAUGUAAAGUCACGUACAUACAGCUCUGCAAUGCAGGGGGUGUUUUUAAUGAACAAUUUGUCGAGAGUUUUUACUUCCAAAUUUAUAUUUGUGUAAACUGUAGCCUACCUGUGUAACUGAUAGCUCUUACUGCAAUUUCAGGUUCCACUUCAUUGUAACGUUUUGUCUGGUGCUGACUCCAUGUCUCUGGGGAGUGAAAUGUCAGCGUAACUGAUAGGUGUGAUAACUAAAUCUUAGAUAAUAAGUAGACAUUUCUUUUGGGACACAGACAUAUUUUAGCUGCAAACCUCUAGUGUUAUAGUAGUAUUACUGUAGUGUGUGCACAUGCCUGUGUGAGAGGGUUAUAAUGAGAGACCAGCCUUAUUUUUCUUUGUUUUUUCACCCCCACACAGACAUCUGGCUCUAAUAAAGGAGAAAAGCUACGGGUCUGUCCCUCGACCGCCUGUCCUCCUGCUCAAACAAUGGGUGUAUUCUCACCCCCCGGAGUCAGGAGCACAAAAAUACACACACAAAUCAGCUUGCACAUUAGCUCUCCUGCUGAUGUUGAUGCCACGCAGCAUCUUACUCAGCAGUUGUAAGCAGAGGCACUGGCGGGCAGCACCCCUCCACUCUAACACUCUGACAGAGCCUCGGCUUAAACUGCUCAUUUAGCCUCCAGAUUGGAAGACGAACGGUACACAAAGGACCUCUUAGGCUGCAAGCGAGCCGUUACAGAGGCCUCUCCUUUCUCCUCCCCCGCCUCACUCCAAAAGUGGCCUCUGUAAAUAAAAAGUGAGUCAGUGUCGGUGAUCCCUACCAUCCCCGUGGUAAAAGCACAGUCUGCUUAAGUAAACAGAGCUGGUCAAAUAUCCCCAUGGGCAGCGAGCCCCUAGAGGCCAUUUCCGACUUUCUGCCACAUUCCGAGUGCUUUCGUCCCUCUUCUUAACUCCUCAGUCUGCAGCGGCCUGUUCACUGCCCAGCUGUCUCAUCCUGUAGGAGUGUUUCUAUUCCAGUCAAGCCAACGGGUGUAUUUAUGUUGUUUUUGAACGAUGUCUAUUAUCAGACUGAACUACACAUUUGCUGAGAGGAACACAGGAAGGCUUCUUAACAUAUCUGACAGAGUUUUUGUGCUUAUAUUAUUAUUGUAUUAUUUAUGCACAGGGUUAACACAUUUUAGGUACAGCAAAGUGUCAUAGCAGCUUAAUAUCAGUGUCAAUUAAAGAGAUAGCAGGACAAUUUGGGAGAUAUACUUAUUUGCUGCCUUAGUGAGAAGAUCUAAAGAAAUCUAAAAACAUAUUAAACCAAAAACAUGAUCGUAUCUCAAAUCAUCAGCACAGAGUGAUAAAGCCAGGGACUGUUUUUGUCACGCUCCCUCCUCUGCCUAUUUCAUUUCUGACAUAUCUAUACACUCCCAAUGCGGGUUGUUUUUGUACAGUACAAAUUCUGCUGUUGCUUUUGAGCUGUCAUGUCUGGAUUGAUUAGUGCUCUGGUUGCCUCACACACUUACAGACACACACAAAAGAAGUUUUUUGAGGCGCUAUUGUUUCUCUGUGCCUUUCAUUCACAGCAACGCAGGGCAAACAUUCAGAGCUUCCUUCUCUCUGUAGUCUCCUGGGCCUUCCUCCAUACACACACACACACACACACAGUGAAUAUUCUUUCCUUUUCCGAGCGUCAACCCACAACUCCAGUAUCUGCCAGCAGGACAGAUGGUUCAGCUUCUCACUGUGCUAUUUCACACACUUUAAGUCAUCGACAUAAUUAGAAAACCAUUCGGACAACGAUCGCCUAUGCUGCAUUACAUAUUUGGGUUCAGAUUUUGGAUUUGCCCAAUGACCUCAUGGCACAAAAAGGAACCGUUUUAUAUUUUUUACUGUACAAAACUUUAUUCAAGCUGCACUGAACUAAUUUGGAUGUCAGAAGCUUUUUAGCUUCUGACAUCCAAAGAAGAAGAGGAGACAAACGUCAACACCUGCUUUGCAACAGGAAAUUCUGUUUGAGGAAAUGCAGCACAUACAGUGACACCAAUGAGGUGUUUUUUACUCGAAGAGAUCUCCAUUCACACUCCUUAAAAUUCACUUCUCACAUUGCAAACCCCUCACUACAGUAUUUACACACAUACACGCUCACGCCGUUACACGCACUCACUGCGAUAACGCAGAGCUAAGCGUCAUGCAGAGGCCCAUGUGACUGCACCGGAGAGGAGCUCUGAUUCUCCUGCAGCCUCCACUCUAAAAACCAUUCUUUCCUUUUAGCUAGAAAUCACGUAAAUAAUCCAGCAGAUUUAAUAGCAAUCAUUUCUACCGGUGAUGGUAAACAUGUGGCCACCAAAGUUACUGCUGCGAUAUGGAAACAUGGCGGUAUCGCUUCAAUGUCACGAAUAUCAGAUUAUAGAUCUAAAAUGAAAUAGAAAGAAGGGCAGGAAAAGCCGCAAUUACAAAUCCGUCAGCACCAAGGACAGCGUCAGUUAGGUUACUGAUGUUUCAGAGCCGGGGGGGGGGGCAUAGAUUCUAACCUGCACAAACUUCAGUAAGAUAAAGAAGUUAUGCAGACUAGACUAACAUCAUCUGUCCCUGCACUCUCUCUGUUACUAGGAGAUGGAGGUUAACAAGGUUAUGAAUCCCACUGCUUUUAUUCACAAGACCCGCCCUGUGCAGCAUUCAAGUGCUAGGAUUGGCCAGGCGUCCAUGCUCGCUGAGGCACCGGUAACCUGCUUUGUUCCGGUCCUGUGCCCUGACUAAUGAGCUAUCCUCAUUCCUGACCAUAACUACUCGAGGUUAAUGCCGAACCGCAGGGCGGGUCUUGCCAAGAAGAGCAGUGGGAUUCAUAUUUACGAUGUACGCACCCCCCAAAGCAAGCUGCGUUUGUGCACAACUAUGGCAAGCACUGCAGGUCAAAGUUGGUCUGUAAUAGUUUGGUUUCCAGAAUUUUGCAUCAGCACUCACAUGUGUGAUGUGUUCAGCGAUUCAGAUGGAUCUUAUGUCACGCCCAUCGACGGUUAUUUCAGCCAGUUGCAGAAACGGGAUAAAGAACGGGGGUGUCAUCUUUCCACAGAGUGAGCUAGAUGCUUAAUAACUGAAACCAAGAGGCUUUCUACCUUUCUUUCUUUCUUGAAUACCAGGCAAGUGUGAAGAAUGUGCCCACUUGAACACAUUCAUGUCAUUGUCUUAAAUCUCUUAAAUUCGAACAUAGCUUAGCGUGUGAGGGCUUAUCACACAUUUGGUCAAAUGUGGCCACAUCAGCGUGUCCCCUGCCGGGUGUCAUGUCUCCAUGUGUCGCCCUGACAUCGUGUACAUCCUCCUUCAGUGAGCAGAGAUCACGCACCCUCUGAUCUCCGAGUGUUUCCUAGCGGCUUCAUAUUCCGCCAGAUGUUGUGGAUGUUGUACUGUGGCCUGUACAGUAAUGUGUGUGUGUGUGUGUGCGCGUGUGACCCUUUGAGGAAUGAGUCUUAAAUCAGCCGUGUCUGUUUCUGGAUUUAUACCAUGUCAUCAGCAUUUUUCACCAUUGUGCGUAUCAGAGUGCCUCAUGUGCUGUAACUACAAGUGGAGCAGCCGGAUGAUGGCUGCAUGAUGGUGUGUGUGUGUGUGUGUGUGUGUGUGUGUGUGUGUGUGUG